CUACUCAACGCCCACUCAACAUGGGAGUUUUGUUUUUGACUUGUCUGGCUUCUGCCUUGUUUCUAGCUGAAGCUUCAGCUCCUGGCAGCAGUUGCAUCAGUGACUAUAACAAUUGCACGGGGAGCUAUUAUUGCGUGGACAACAAAUCUGCUCCAGAGAUUAACUGUUCAGGAAAUGUUUCCACUUUCACACCUCACCCUCUCCCUCCUCCUCCUCCCCCUGGAGACUGUGUCCUAAGUGAUGGGGUUUGUAUGUUUGUUAACAUGUGCAUGAUAUGGGUCAAUAAUCAGUCAGAGUAUCAGUGUACGUUGGACUCAGAGCAUAACAACACACACAUAACAAAUGUUAAUACAACAUUACUUCCGCCAGGGGAGUGUAUCUAUCAGUCAGGACAAUGCAACUGGUCAAAGUGUUUCUCUUGGCUGGAUUUGUGUCAAAUGCGGUGGCGUUGUCACAGUCAAUAUUAUUAUAAGAGGAAGCCUCAUCCAAUCUGCCCAGUUAGGCCUAUUGCUCCUCCUCCAAUACCAGGAGUAUGUCGUUAUAAUCCAAGAGUUGGACAUUGCCGCUUUCAUAGACCAUCAGAAUUAACAUGUACUCUGUCUUAUGAUGAUUGUACUGGUGGAUACUUUUGUGAUCCUGGUAUACCUGAUUCUGGAAACUGUUCAGUUAAAAUACCUCAGAAUAUAGCACCACCUCCUAGUAUCUGUACUGAAAACUCUAUUGGUUGCAUGUUUUAUAAUCCUUGCAAGGCAUGGAAUAAAGGAUGUUAUGGAGCAGUUCCUCAGUGUACACUGGAAUCAGAAUAUAUACAGUAUAAUAAGAGUAAUCCUUCGUGUCAUUUAUACACUCCUGCACCACCACCUAAGGAAGAGUGUCUUUAUAUUGAUUACAAGUGUCAGUGGUAUAAUGAGUGUGCUAUGUGGUUAAGUGAUACUGGAUACCAGUGUGGUACAAUUAUUGAUAAAUACAUAUAUACUCACUCGUUGACACCUGUUAAAAACAAUGGCAGUAGUGUAGCGUUACCACCAGGAGAAUGCAUCAAUCAGUUAGGAACAUGUACAUGGUCAAUGUGUCGUUCAUGGCUAAAUUGGUGCAAUGAAGUGUGGAUGUGUGGCAGCCAGUAUGACUACGAGGCAUAUUUCAAUAGUCCUCCUCCUCCCUGCCCACCUCCCCCACAGAAUUUCACUCCUCCCAAUGAACCUGGAGUGUGUCAGUUUGAUCUAGCUUCAGGUCAUUGUCAAUAUUACCACCCACUGUCAGAAUUAACAUGUACUCUGACUUAUGAUGAUUGUACUGGUGAAUACUUUUGUGAUCCUGGUAUACCUGAUUCUGGAAACUGCUCAGUUAAAGUACCUCAGAAUAUAGCACCACCUCCUAGUAUCUGUAGAGCCGAUCCUUUUGGUUGUGUGUUUUAUAAUCCUUGCAAGGGAUGGAAUAAAGGAUGCUUUGGAGCUGUUCCUCAGUGUACACUGGAAUCAGAAUAUAUACAGUAUAAUAAUACUCAUCCUCAUUGUAAUACUCCAGUUCCUAUGCCCCCACCUAAGGAAGAGUGUCUUUAUAUUGAUUUCAAGUGUCAGUGGUAUAAUGAGUGUGCUAUGUGGUUAAGUGAUACUGGAUACCAGUGUGGUACAACUAUUGAUAAAUACAUAUAUACUCACUCGCUUAUUGAUAACAGCAUAAAUACCACUAAUGUAUUAUUGCCACCAGGAGAGUGCAUUAAUCAGUUAGGAAACUGUACUUGGUCUAUAUGUCAUUCAUGGUUGGAUUGGUGUCAAUCCUAUUGGAUGUGUGGUAGUCAGUAUGAUCAUGAUGUGUAUUUUGCUAGUUCUCCUCCUCCUCCUUGUCCACCUCCUCCACAAAAUUACACGCCCCCAGCAGAGCCAGGAGUGUGCCAGUAUAAUCUAACAUCUGGUCAUUGUCAUUAUCAUCAUACAGAGUUUAAUUGUUCUCUAACUUAUGAUAAGUGUACUGGUGAUUACUCUUGUUCCUCUGCUCGUGUAUCUAAUCCUGUUAGGUGUUCUGUUCCCAUACCUCGAGAAAUAGCACCUCCACCUGAUAUCUGUACUGAAAACUCUUUUGGUUGUGAGUAUUACAAUCCUUGCAAGGCAUGGAAUGAAGGUUGCUUAAGAACCAACCCUCAGUGUACACUGGAAUCAGAAUACAUAGAAUACAAUAAGAGUAACCUAUGCAAUUCAUAUAAUUCUAAUAUACCACCACCCAAGGAAGAGUGUCUUUAUAUUGAUUACAAGUGUCAGUGGUAUAAUGAGUGUGCUAUGUGGUUAAGUGAUACUGGAUACCAGUGUGGUACAGCUAUUGAUAAAUACAUAUAUACUCACUCAUUGUCUCUUAUUAAAGAAGGCAGCAAUAACAAUAAUAAUGGUUUAUCUUUACCACCAGGAGAAUGCAUUAAUCAGUUAGGAGCUUGUACCUGGUCAAUGUGUCGUUCAUGGCUGGAUUGGUGUCAGGGAUAUUGGCUGUGUGGUAGUCAGUAUGACUAUGAUGCUUACUUCACCACUCCUCCUCCUCCUUGUCCCAAGCCUCCGCCAAAUUAUACUCCUCCACCUGAAUCAGGACUGUGUCAGUAUAAUUUAAUUUCUAACAAGUGUCAGUAUUUCCAUUCACUAACUGAAUUAACAUGUACUCUGACUUAUGAUGAUUGCACUGGUGGAUACUUUUGUGCUCCUGGUAUACCUGAUUCUGGAAACUGUUCAGUUAAAAUACCCCAAGAUAUAGCACCACCUCCUGAUAUAUGUACUGAAGAUCAAUUUGGUUGUUUGUACUACAAUCCUUGCAAGUCAUGGAAUAAAGGAUGCCACCAAAAUGAUCCUCAGUGUACACUGGAAUCAGAAUACAUAAAAUAUAAUAAGAGUAAUCCUCCGUGUCCUCCUUAUCAUCCUGCACCACCACCUAAGGAAGAGUGUCUUUAUAUUGAUAACAAGUGUCAGUGGUAUAAUGAGUGUGCUAUGUGGUUAAGUGAUACUGGAUACCAGUGUGGUACAGCUAUUGAUAAAUACAUAUAUACUCACUCGUUGUCUCUUAUUGACAACAAUGGCAGUGAUAUACUGUUACCACCAGGAGAAUGCAUCAAUCAGUUAGGAACAUGUACAUGGUCAGUCUGUCGUUCAUGGAUGGAUUGGUGUAAGACGCGUUGGAUGUGUGGCAGUCAGUAUGACUAUGAUGCUUAUUUCACUACCCCUCCUCCUCCCUGUCCUCUCCCUCCACCUCCUCCUCCUGAACCUGGUGUAUGCCAGUAUGAUUUAUCUUUGGGUCAUUGUCACUAUCAUCCUACAGAGUUUAAUUGUUCUCUAACUUAUGAUAAGUGUACUGGUGAUUACUCUUGUUCCUCUGCUCGUAUAUCUAAUCCUGUUAGCUGUUCUGUUCCCAUACCUCGAGAAAUAGCACCUCCACCUAAUAUCUGUACUGAAACUUCUUUUGGUUGUGAGUAUUACAAUCCUUGCAAGGCAUGGAAUAAAGGUUGCUUUGGGGUUAACUAUCAGUGUACACUGGAAUCAGUGUAUGUAGAAUACAAUAAAACACAUCAAGAAUGUGUUCCUUUUAAUUCUUUACCACCACCUAAGGAAGAGUGUCUUUAUAUUGAUUUCAAGUGUCAGUGGUAUAAUGAGUGUGCUAUGUGGUUAAGUGAUACUGGAUACCAGUGUGGCACAGCUAUUGAUAAAUACAUAUAUACUCACUCGUUGACACCUGUUGAAAACAAUCGCAGUAGUGUAGCAUUACCGCCAGGAGAAUGCAUCAAUCAGUUAGGAACAUGUACAUGGUCAAUGUGUCAUUCAUUUUUGGAUUGGUGUCAGGGAUACUGGUUGUGUGGCAGUCAAUAUGACUAUGAAGCAUAUUUCACUACUCCUCCUCCUUUAAAUUGUCCACCACCUCCUCAUAACCCACCUAUUGAACCAGGAGUAUGUCAGUAUAACUUCACUACUUCUCAUUGUCAAUAUAGUAGUCACAACUCAGUCGAUCCAUGUGAUGUGGUAUUGUGCCCUGUUGGUUCAACCUGUCAAGUGUAUGGCUCUACUAGUUAUUGCAAGUAUUCAUGUCAGAUCGCUAACGGUGGCUGUAGCUCAAAUCAAACUUGCUCUCUUGUUCCAGUACAGUGUAUAACAGCUCCAUGCUACCCAGUGGUCAAAUGCACUGAUGCUAAUGUUACCACGUAUAAACCUGCCAAUGACUUCAUCACUAAUUACAUUUUGAUGGGAAUUGCUAUUUUGACAUCACUGGUUACCUUGGCAAUGCUAUGUGCUGUGAUUGCUGUCAAGCAGUACAGAUUAAGAAAGAAAGCACUCGUGGAGCAAGAGAUGAAGCUAAUUUGUGACACAGAUACAACUGACAUCUAAAGUACACCUGCUGCUGUAAUUACUACAUUUUGUAACGCUGUACAAUCAAUAUAAUUAAUUUGUGUGUGUAAUUACUGAUAACUCAAUUACUAAAAAAUGAAAUAUCAUAAAGUGUGCCGAUAUGCAUGCUUUGUCUUUAUAGUGA